AUGUUUGAGUUCCCAGAGGAUUACGCCAUCCUCGAUUUCAAGAUCAAGGUCGAUCCUAUCGGUAUUGAAAAAGUCCGACAGAUGUACGCACCACCUGAUCAUGACGUCUUUCUCCUUGUUCCCCCUGACUUCGAGAUCGCGAUCUUGGAUAUCUAUGCAAAGCUUAAUAGCCCUAUUGUGGACCGGGACUCAUGUUGGGAUGUAUAUCUCCAGCUCCUGAAUCGCCUCAAGGAGUUGGAUCAGCUCAACAAUGUCAGGGGACGCCGCGCUCCUUGGGCACGUGACCAUGCACGUGACCCACUGCACCCUCUCUGCCGACCCGUGCCUGCUCACCUGUCGAUCACCCAGCCUCCUCCUCCUCCUCCGAUCCUCAUCUCCAUCCAUGCCAACAUCCGCCCUUUCCCUUCUUCCCCCGGCCAUCUCCCUCGAAUCCCCGCAAGCGGUCUAGCCAAGCCCGAUUCCUUGCACCAGGGAGUGCUACUGCCGCUCGUACCAGAUGCCCUUGCGCUCAUCUGCACCACCCCUCUUCCCAGUUGGGCAUUGGUCCUCGCCUCCAAUGUCUCCACUGGCCGGCCGGGCACUGGCCUGGCCGCUGGGCUCCUCCAGUGUGGCCUUCCACUGUUGGUGUCUCAGGAGCUGGCCAUCACUGGCCCCUCUGAGCCACUCACUAUCUUAUCUGGGUUUGUCAUUAUCUACUUGUCAUCUGCCAUUUGUGACACCUGGGCACAUGGAUCCUUGAACCGUUCUCUAAGGAUCCCCCUCUGUGCUCAGGUGAGUAGUAUACCUCCCUUGUAUUUGAUAGUCUCUAAGGAUCCCCCUCUGUGCUCAGACUCAUGUGAGGUUGUUGUGUGCUGUGUGCUCUCUUCCUUCGGGCUGGCAGGAGUUGCCCUUACAAACAAUAUCGAUCAGAGUGCCGAUGCAAGGUGGGGGCAUGUGCUGACCCAGCCGGUCGAUAAAAACAUUCCCCUUCUCCCAAACUUGCAGGAACUGCAGGGCGGUGAGGGGGUCGUCGGAGAGGGUGCUUAUUAUAUGGGUGGAGUCAACAAUGGGGAUGGUCUCGGUAUGUUCCAUUACUUGGGAACCUUACUGUUCACUGACUCGUCUCCUUUCGGAGGUCCUGAACAUCACGCACGUCUGAACGCAAUGAUCAACGAUAUCGAGCCCGAAGUGUAUCCCAUGCCCAACUCCCAGUUACCGGAUGACGCUCAUGCAUUGUACGCAUGGUUCUCGGACAAAGAGGACUCUCAGGAUUUCAAUGAUCAUUGGUAG